AUGCCUGCUGUCGUGCCCAUACUUCCGCCUAGCGUCCUCCCGGACUACAAGCACUAUACCCCCGAAUACAACCUUGACGACCUCGUCCGGGACAUCAAAGCAUAUCUAGGAACCAGCGGGGGCAUUUCAUCCGAGGAAGUGGAUAACGAAUACUUAAUCUCGCUGGCGCACAAGUACAUUUCAGAUCCGAAUGACUGGGCCCAGUAUUUCUACAACGACACAAGCAAAAACUACACCCGCAACGCCAUCGAGAACAUCAACCAGAAAGCAAAUAUCCUCCUCCUCGUCUGGAACCCCGGGAAAGGCUCUCCCGUCCACGACCACGCCAACGCCCACUGCAUCAUGAAGAUCCUGGCCGGCACUCUCCAAGAAACGGUCUAUCGGAUCCCGGACCAGGCAUCCGAGCGGGCCCCGCUGGAGAUCAAGUCUGAUACGAGACAUACCAUGAACGAUGUGGCUUAUAUCUCGGAUGACAUCGGGCUACAUCGUGUCUAUAACCCGAGUAGUGACCAAGUGGCUGUGUCUUUGCACUUGUACACUCCACCCAAUGCCGCCGACUAUGGGUAUAAUGUCUACAACGAAGCGACGGGCAAGGCGUGCUUCAUGCCUCAGGCCAAGUCUGUGUCGAAAGAGUGA